AUGUUGAUAUCUGCGGGCAGCGGCCCUACGCCUGAGUUUUCGCCUGCUUCGUGCUGCGCCCCCUGGAAAAUGGAGCCGGCGCCCCCAGUACCCGCGGCUAUCACACAACCGCUUAAUAUAUCACCGAACGUACCAGUAUCGCCAGCAUCGUCUGGUGGUGGAGGUGCUGGUGGCGGAUCGGGGACUCCUUUGUACCCUGGCGCUGCCUCUCAUCCGCUUUCAUCGCUACUGUCGCAGCAAAGAUUGUUGGAGUUAUCCCGAUUCGGAUUGAGACACUACGACAUCGCGCACCACGUGCUAUCUCAGCAAGGUGCUGUAACCAAAUUACUAGGUACAUUACGACCGCCUGGACUUAUUGGUGGUAGCAAACCCAAAGUUGCCACUCCUGCAGUAGUAUCAAAGAUAGAGCAAUACAAGAGAGAGAAUCCAACAAUCUUCGCUUGGGAAAUUCGAGAGCGACUAAUAUCUGAAGGUGUAUGUACAAACGCAACUGCACCCAGCGUAUCAUCAAUCAACAGAAUACUAAGAAACAGAGCUGCGGAACGAGCUGCAGCAGAAUUCGCGAGGGCUGCAGGCUACGGGCUGUACGCAGCGCCACCUCCUUAUGGAGGAUUUCCUUGGGGUGGAGGUGGUGGGGUGUGGCCACCCGGAGGACUACCAUUACCUCCGGGUGUUCCACCUCCAGCCGUAGGAAUGCAACAUUCUGAUGCUAUUCAACAAGGAUUCCUAUCUUCGUCUGGGCGUGGUCUAGUGGAAAUUGAUGGCGACGAUUCUGGGUCGCUAGAUGGAGAGCAACCGAAAUUCCGAAGGAACUGA